AUGUUAAAUAGCUCAGAAAGAGAAACCAACGAGUCAUUAUUAACUCAUUGGAUAUAUUGAUAAAGAAUUGCUCGAUUAAAAUAUUUAGAAAAAAAAGUCUUAUUAUGUAUUGCAUGAAUUUUGGAUUAUGCAUGGCAUGUGGAGAAAUUCCCCACACACUAGAAAAAUUCCCAUAUGUGAAAGACAUGCAUAAAGGCAGGCUUCACAUAUGGGAAUUUUUUUAGCACGAGGGGAAUUUCUCCACUCGUCAUGCAUAAUCCAAAAUUCAUGCAAUAGACUAUAUUUAAAAUAGAGGUAUUUUUUCAAUUAAUUAAAUAUGAUAUUUUCAUUAGUUGGAAACUAAAAUCUCACGAAAGUAAGAUUAAGAUUAAUAGGCUUAAAGUCUUGCAGAUUUGAUGUUUCCAUACGCUAGCGAGCCUUGUUUUAGGCUAUAAAGCGACUUUUGGGUCCAAAUUGGUGCUUGUCGUGAAGGACAUAUUUCAUCGCCACCACCAUAUUAACUAUUUACGAAAGUAAGGAAAUCAAGGAGUGGCUCACUUUUUCAAACAGACAACAGUUGAUCUAUAAAAAAGCAAGAGCUUGAAAAUAGCCUAAAAACUCUCUCAAUGGAAAAGCAAGAUUUGCUCUUCCGCAAAGAAUCAGUAGAAAAAAUGAGAUCAAAAGCUCUAAGAAUUACUCAAAAAGAUGCCUCAAUUGAAGAAUUGAGAAUGCUUCUAGAAAUAAGUCACGAGCAAAGCAAGGAUUACUCAAAUGCACUUACAUUUGAACGAAAAUCCAAACAAGAAAUGGAAGAAUACUUGCAAUCAGUAAAAAACCGAUAUGAUGAGCUUGAAAAAUUCAAUAAAUCUUUGUCCACAAGGAUUAGCAAUAAAGAUAAACACAUUAGCUAUUGUGUAUCUGAUCUAUAUAAGCUUAAAUCAAAAAUCGAAAAAAUUGGAAAUUCCGCUAUUAGCACAAACAUUCAAAUGGAGAUUGAAGGAAUCAUUGAAAAAUUGUCCACAGAUGAUUAUUUUAAUUUUGAAGAAAAAAAAACUUUAAAAACGCCUACAAAAUCUGCAGGGAAAAGCUUUAUACAUUCUACAUUAUAUUUGCGGGGCCUAAUAAACUAAAGUACUCCAAAAUAAAAAAAGGGCUAAUUAGUAAUGGUAACAUGAUAUAGUAUAAUUUUGGAGAUUCAAAUAUUUCCAACAUGUCUAUGUCCAGUAAUACCGAAUCCAACGCAAAAUUGACUGAAGAAAUUUCUUCUCUCAGAAGAUUUACGAACUUAAAGUUUGGAACAUUCUACGUCCGUUAUAGUUCGUAGCCUAACAGGGCACACUUCAAAUGACGUUGCCGACCUCGAUAGCUCAUAAAUGAGUAAUUCCUCGUUACUUCCUUGAUAUUGCUCCUCCCCUGCCUCAAGGCGAAAGUAGAUUAAGUAGAGGCCUUUUAUCUUUUCCUAGGUCUGGUAAGAGGGCAGCUCCAAGUUGCGUACCAGUCAUUGCUAACAUAGAACUCCCAUGUUAUACCAAGUCUCAUAAUAUAAAAUACAAAACGAAUGGUAUCUAUGUGCAGAUCGGUACCUAGCAAUGUCACCGUUUUUUAAUUAUCCUCCUCUUAGAAGACAGCUACAAGAAACUCAAGAGCUUUAUCACAUUGUAUCCGAGCAGUUGCGAGAAAGAAAUGACAAAGGAAUCCGCUAUGAUGAAGAAAUUUCUGUUCUUCGUAACAAAUUGCAAGAAGCCCGGCGAGAAUAUGACACCUUAACCUCUCAGCUCGUAAAACAGUCAACUGAUAGAGAUUUUCAGCAUAAAAAUUUAUUAAUCGAAAUAGAAGAACUAAAAAAAAAGAGAAACGAGCAAGAAAUUGAGGUGAAAAAGCUAGAAACAAACUAUAAAACCAACAUUUCUGAGCUUGAAACUUCUUUAUCAACUUCUAGAGAAAGGUUUUUACAACUAUUAGAGGACAAGUCAAAGCUUGAAUCUGAUUCUUUACAAAUGAGAGCAGAAAAAAAAGAAUUAAUAAACCAGCUUCAAAUAAAAGAAAUGAAAAUUAAUGAGUUGUCAGCUUCUAUCCAAGGGUUAAGCCAAGAGCUGGGAUUGCUGAAAAAACACUUAAACUUAGAUGACGUUGAUAUAGGACAGCUCCGAAAUCUAAGCCAAAAAACACAAAAUUUAGAAGAGCAGCUUGAGCAAGCAAAACAAGCUUUAAGUGCAUCGAAAUCUAGGGAAGAACUGAUGAUGCAAGAAAUUGAUGAUUUGAGUGAAAAACUUGAAAUUUAUGAAUCAUGUCCAACUAUUAAUAGUGAGUCAGUGCUAAAACAACUAUCGCAACAAAUUUCAAGUAUUAUUCUAUCAAAAGAUAAAGCAUUUGCGAUAGACCCGAAAAUAAAAUCUUUAUUAAAGCAGGUUUUCGGUGAAAAUUGUGUAAGACUUAUGGAUAACUAUGAAGAAAUCGUCAAAUCAGUCCAUCAAGACAAAAAUCAGCUAAAAGACAGGCUUUUAUAUGAGAUUGAACUGAGGGCGCAAUGCUUAAUUGAAACACAAAAGUCUUUUGAUAUGAUACUUGAAUAUAAAGGAAGAGAUAAAGAUAUUGAAAAUAAAAGAAAACAAAUCACUGAAGAGCUAAAGCAUAUUGAAAAACAAAUAUCUAUUGAAGAAAGUGCUCAAAAUAUGUAUAAAGUAGACAGCCCAACUCAGAAUAAACAAAGAAAUGAUUUUAAAUUAAAGGAUGAGGUUGAAAAUCUGAAAGGAGAAAAUGAGAAACUAAAAUCUGAUAUAAAUAGUUAUGAAAAAGAGCAAUCACAGCUAAACGAAGAAUUAAACAAGAGCACAAUCUUAAUAGAACAACUCAAAAAGAAAAUUUCCAAAGCUAUGGUCAAUGUAAACAAAGAUGAUUUGGUUGGAUUUUUACAGUGUGAAGCAGCUGCGUUAGAAGAAACAUUGACUGGCAAUCAGAAUUAUUUUGGAAAUGAAAGCUUUGCAGAACUUUAA